AUGUCUCGCGAAGCCUACCAGGUCCCCGCGAUGGGCGGACAGAACGCCUUCGCUGACAGCGGAUUCAGCGCCAUGGCUGUCGACAACCCCGCCGUCAACUACCUUUGCGGCGAGUGCAACGCGCGCGUUCCCCUGAAGCGCGGCGACCCGAUUCGCUGCAAGGAUUGUGGCCAUCGUGUGCUGUACAAGGAGCGCACCAAGCGCAUGGUCCAGUUCGAGGCCCGGUAA